AUGCUUUUUAUCUUUCAACUUACGCUCCUUGCUUUCAUUGGGCUUUCAUUAGCUCUUGUUAUUGGUGUGCCAGUACUUCUCGCUUCUCCUGAAGGAUGGGCUCAAAGUAAAGGACUUGUAUUUUCUGGAUCUGCUCUUUGGAUGCUUUUAGUAUUUGUGGUAGGUGCGUUAAAUUCAUUUGUAUCGUAA